AUGGUCGUUGAAAAUUUGAACCGUCACGAAGUGUUGGAAGACAAUAAUAACGAAUGUGCAGAGGUGGACCUGAUCCAGUGCGAACAUCGCUGUCUGAACACGGUGGGCGGCUACAGGUGUUCCUGCCACGCUGGGUACGUGCUGGCCAUGGACGGCAAGAGGUGUGAAAAAAUCCCGGGUUGCGGCGGGAACCUGACUGACCUGGAGGCGGCGUUUAAGUCCCCGGAGCUUCCUGUGGAGAACCCGUACGACCUGGACUGUAUCUGGGAGAUCAUCGUGGAGGAGGAUCUACAGCUGUCGCUAAGGAUAGCGCUGGAGCCCUGGGAGGAUAACGAUGUAUGCCGAGAGUACGUGACGCUUCGGCAGGGCUCCAGCCCGGACUCGCGGGAGCUGCGGCUGUGCCAGACGGGCGACGUGCCCGCCAUGUACCGCACGCACUCCAACGUCGUCACGGUCCACUUCCGCUCUGCACCGCCGCACACGGGCGGCUUCAGGGUGGAGUACUUCACCACGGAGAAGAAACACCCCUGCGGUGGACUGGUCACUGGUAAGUUCUGGUUUUUCGCUUUUUCCUACUAUCUAGCAUCAUUCUACGGUAUAAAGGGAGACUGGACCUUCACUCAUCACCACCAAAUGUCAAUCUUCAAGCAGAGGUUGAUGAGAAAAAUCGAGACCUUUUUGGAGAGCAGCAAAUGGGAGCACAUAAUGAAAGGAGCUCGUCAAAAGGACAGUUGUUACUACUAA